AUGGCGUUUCGCCUUUUACCUAGGAUACCUAAACUAGGUCUCAAACCUGGACAAUUCUGUACCCGUAUUAGUCGAACAUUGGCGUCGCGACUAGCUUUAUUUGUACCUCCACGGUCGUUCUCCACAAACGAUCCUGAUUCAUUAAAGCCUGCAACACGGAAGGAUAUUUUCGAUGGAUUUAUACCUUUAAAUGAGAUUCAAAUAUCAUACUCUUCCGCCAGUGGACCUGGAGGUCAACAUGUUAACAAAAACCACACUAAAGUCCAAAUAAAGUUUCACAUUGCCUCUGCAACAUGGAUUCCCGAACACUUAAAGCCCUAUCUUCUCGAAAAGGAGUCGCACCGUAUAACGAAGGACGGUCAUUUCAUUAUUCAGUCAGAUAGAACUCGAUAUCAGCUUCUUAAUCAAGCUGAUUGCCUUGAACGCAUUCGGCGAAUGAUAAGAGAGCGGUUAUCUGAAAUGAACAAGCCCGAGGUGUCCGCAGAGACCCUGGAAAAGCAUCGGCAGUGCCGUAUUCGAGAAAAUGAAAAGCGCUUGGCCGUCAAACGCACCGACUCCAUGACUAAGGCCUAUCGACGAAGGCCGUCUCAGUGGGAUUUAUAG